AUCGCGAGUGCCACUGUAUUGUAGAAUGGGUAGUAAGAAAAGGAACUCUGGUGGUUCUGAAGAGGAAACGAAGGUUGAACUCGAUUCUCCGAAACCCUUGAAGAAGAAACCAAAGAAGGAAGAUGGAGAAAGAGAACAACACAUGUCAGAUGGUUCUUCUGUUAAGCCUAUGGAGAGGAAGAAGAAAAGGAAAGCUGUGGACAAGGAGAGGCGCCGCGCCGCAACCGCAACCGCAACCGCAGCCGUAGAUUUGGAGGUGAAACCUGCGGCUCAAUCUGUGGAUUCGGCCACCAGCAGCAGCAGCAGCAGCAGCGGCGGUGCGCUUCCGGAGUUUCACAUUGGUGUGUUCAAGGACUUGGCUGCGGCGGCUGAGUCAGUGAGGGAAGCUGCCGUUAAGCAAAUGGUGAUGGAGUUGAAGGAAGUUCAGAAUGCUUAUGAUGGACUUGAGGAGAAUGAGAAGGAGAUUGGUGAUGGUGGUUUCAAGUUGGAAGCUGAGAAAGACGAUGGAUUGGAUGACUGUGCACCUUCUGUGAGAUAUGCUGUUCGUAGGCUUAUUCGUGGUGUAUCUUCGUCAAGAGAGUGUGCACGACAAGGUUUUGCUUUAGGUUUAACAGUUUUAGCUGGCACUAUCCAUAACAUCAAGGUCGAAUCAUUCCUUAAACUUGUAGUUGAUUUAUUGGAAGUAACUUCGUCAAUGAAGGGUCAGGAAGCAAAAGAUUGUCUUUUGGGUCGCUUAUUUGCUUAUGGUGCUCUGGCUCGAUCUGGAAGACUUACACAGGAAUUGAAUAAGGAUAAAAACACUCCAUACAUUAGAGAAUUUAUCAGUGUUCUUAUCGCUCUUGCAAAGAAAAAGCGGUACUUGCAAGAGCCUGCAGUCUCCAUAAUUUUAGACUUGGUCGAAAAGUUGCCUGUUGCAGUAUUGCUGAAUCAUGUUAUUGAAGCUCCUGGACUUCAGGAGUGGUUUGAAGCUGCUAUAGAAGAAGGAAAUCCUGAUGCUUUGCUCCUUGCUUUAAAAAUUCGAGAGAAGAUUUCUAUUGACAGCCCCAUAUUUGGCAAACUACUACCAAAUCCAUUCAGCUGCAGCCAGCUUUUCUCCACUGAUCACCUGUCCUCCUUGAGUAAUUGCUUGAAGGAAUCAACCUUCUGUCAGCCUCGUAUUCAUAGUGUUUGGCCUGUUUUGAUAAAUAUUCUUUUACCUAAUACUAUUCUGCAAUUAGAAGAUGUGGCAUCAGCUUCUAAUUCAUUAAAGAAACACAAAAAGAGUCGAAAAUCUAGCUCUUCUGACAAAGAAAUUGAGAAAAAUCUUCAGUCUUUCUGUGAAAUAAUUAUUGAGGGAUCCCUUCUCCUCUCAUCUCAUGACCGUAAGCACUUAGCUUUUGAUGUUCUGUUUCUUCUUCUCCAAAAGCUUUCUGCAUCUUUAGUUCCUGUUGUUCUGUCUAACAAAGUUGUUCAGUGCCUAAUGGAUGUACUAUCAACAAAAAACACAUGGCUGUAUAAAGUUGCGCAGCAUUUUCUUAAACAAUUGUCAGAUUGGGUGGGGGAUGAUGAUGUCAGAAGAGUUGCUGUUAUAGUGGCUAUUCAGAAACACAGCAAUGGAAAAUUUGAUAGUAUCACACGAACAAAGGCUGUUAAAGAUAUUAUGUCACAGUUCAAAACAGAGCCUGGUUGCAUGCUUUUUAUUCAGAACUUAAUGAACCUGUUUGUGGAUGAAGGUAAUGCCUUGGAGGAACCUUCAGACCAGAGUCAAACAACAGAUGAAAAUUCUGAAAUAGGUUAUAUUGAGGAUAAGGAUUCUCCUAGGACCAAUGGGAAUUAUGACUUUUUGAAGAUUUGGGUUAUAGAAUCCCUUCCCACUAUUUUGAAAUACUUGAAACUGGAUCUUGAAGAGAAGUUCCGAGUACAAAAAGAAAUCAUGAAAUUUCUGGCUGUUCAGGGUCUGUUCACCGCAUCUCUUGGCACUGAGGUGACUUCUUUUGAGUUACAGGAGAAAUUCAGGUGGCCAAAAUCUCCCACAUCAAAUGCUCUUUGCAAGAUGUGUAUUGACCAGCUGCAGUUGUUAUUGGCAAAUGCUCAGAAGGAGGGCUCAUGUGCUUUGGCUAAUAGCCCUGAGCCAAAUGAUCUUGGUUCAUACUUCAUGAAAUUUUUUGGCACCUUAUGCAACAUUCCUUCAGUUUCCCUCUUUCGGUCUUUAGAUGAUGAGGAUGAAAAAGCAGUAAAAAAAUUGCAAGCAAUGGAAGCAAGAUUAUCCAGAGAGGAAAGGAGCCAUGGCUGUAGUGCUGAUGCUAAUAGACUGCAUGCACUGAGAUACUUGCUUAUCCAGUUGCUCCUGCAAGUGCUUCUUCGUCCGGGGGAGUACUCAGAAGCUGCAUCUGAACUCAUCAUCUGUUGUAGGAAAACCUUUUCUGCUUCUGAUCUUCCCGAGUCCUCUGGAGAAGAUGAUUUGGAGGUUGAAGAUGCUCCGGAGUUGAUGGACGUUCUUGUGGAUACAUUACUCUCUCUACUUCCACAGUCAUCAGCUCCUAUGCGGUCUUCCAUUGAACAGGUAUUUAAAUAUUUUUGUGAUGAUAUCACUGAUGAUGGACUGAUGCGGAUGUUGCGGGUCAUUAAGAAAAAUUUAAAACCUGCAAGACAUCCAGACACCACAAGUGCAGAUGAUGACGAUGAAGAUGAUGAAGACGAAGACUUCAUCAAUAUCGAAGAUGAAGAAAUUGAUCAAGCUGAGACCGGUGAAACAGGCGAGAGUGAUGAGCAUACAGAUGACUCUGAGCCAGUAGUCGAGGUAGAUGAAACUGGUCAUGACCAUCCUGAAGCUUCCGAUGAUUCUGAUAGUGGGAUGGAUGAUGAUGCAAUGUUUAGGAUUGAUACAUAUCUUGCUCAGAUUUUCAAAGAGAAGAAAAAUCAGGCUGGGGGUGAAACUGCUCAUUCCCAGCUUGUGCUGUUCAAACUUCGCAUCCUUACAUUGUUGGAAAUUUUCCUUCAUGAAAAUCCGGGUAAGCCUCAGGUACUUAUGGUGUACUCAAAUUUGGCUCAGGCUUUUGUGAACCCACAUACAGCAGAAGUUAGUGAGCAGCUUGGACAGCGUAUAUGGGGAAUACUACAAAAGCAAAUAUUCAAAGCAAAGGAGUAUCCAAGGGAUGAUGGAAUCCAAUUAUCCACUCUUGAAUCUCUGUUGGAAAGAAAUUUGAAAUUAGCAUCAAAACCAAUUAAAAGGCAAAAGUCUGCAUCUAACCCAUCAAAGCAAUCAGCUGCCUUGAACCGGCAGAAAAUGGUUUCUUCCCUUGCCCAAACUUCAACCUUCUGGAUUUUGAAAAUUAUUGAUUCAAGGAAUUUCUCAGAGUCCGAACUACAGAGGAUUGUUCAAAUUUUCCGGGAAGUAUUGGUGGGGUAUUUUGACAAAAAGAAGUCUCAAAUCAAAUCUGGUUUUUUAAAGGAAAUAUUUCGAAGACGACCAUGGAUUGGACAUUCUAUACUUGGCUUUAUUAUGGAGAGAUGUGGAAGUGCCAAGUCAGACUUUCGACGGGUGGAGGCACUCGAUUUGGUAACAGAAAUAUUGAAGUCACUGGUAGCAGGGAGUACUGAUGAUCAGAAUGCAUCAAAAAAGAUUCUAAAAAAUAAUUUGGAUAAGCUCACUCACCUAAUGAAAGAGUUGGUGACAAAUAUGCCAAGCAAAUCAGCAAGGCGGACCGAAGUACAUAAGUUUUGUGUCAGGGUCUUUGAGAUCUUGUCUAAGCUUAACCUCAACAAGUCUUUUGUUAAAACUAUGGCACCUGAUGCUCAAGCUGCCUUUGAGGCUCAAUUUGGUGAGCAAUUCAUUAAUUUGAAGAAGCUGGAAAAAUAGACAAUGGAAUAUAGAAUUGCUGCUACAAGCUAAUUAAAGAGGUUAUUGAUAUUACACUGCUCGCCACACCUAACAUACCAAAACAAAUUGGAAGUACAGGUGCAAAAAGCACUAGUAUGAUGAGAUUGGUGCUCCAAGUUUCUUUCAAGAUUGGACUUGUUCCAAGCUUUUGGAAGAGGAAUUAGGGAGGGGAGAGGGGCUUUCACGAACAUCCUUGAGGUGUUUGAUGUUGGAAUUUUUGGUAAAACUUUAAAUUUGUUAUUCUUGUUUGUUUUCUGGAUAUGCUUUGUUUUUUAAGCUUUACUAUGUUACAGAUGAUGCCAUUUUGAGCUAGUAAAGAGAUGAAAUUUUAUGGUCC